GACGUAUAAUGUAGUGGACGGAACGCUUCUUUCAACAGCAGCAACAGUUCGUCAGACACCUCGGUAGCUUGCUAGACAAAUAGCCGAACCAAUAAAGAUCUUUAGACGCUUUAGUGUAUAUUAGCCACUGUGUUUUAAACCCACUUCUGUCGUCUAGUUAGUUAUCCGAUUUAAUUUCAUAUUUAUGGUGUUGUUGUUAUUAGUCAGCUAGCGGGCUGGUUAAGUUAGCAUUAGCCUAGCUAACAUCCCCGACCAUGCAGUCACCAAGCUACUCUCCUUCUAAUGAAGAUAAGGAUAUCACAGUAAAUCAAGAAGUAGAGAGUGGGGCCGUUACUGUGAAAGAAGAGGAGGACACGUUCAGAGUGAAAGACGAGGAAGAUAUCACAGUAAAUCAAGAAGUAGGGAGUGGGGCCGUUACUGUGAAAGAAGAGGAGGACGCGUUCAGAGUGAAAGACGAGGAAGAUAUCACAGUAAAACAAGAAGUAGAGAGUGGGGCCUUUGCUGUGAAAGAAGAGGAGGACGCGUUCAGAGUGAAAGAGGAGGUCACAGUAAAAGGAGAGGAAGAUGCAGUUUAUGGCGUGAAAGAGGAGGGGGAGGAGAUUACUUUUACAUCGAAAAAGGAGGAGGAAGAAGAGGAGGAACCUGGAUAUCUGGGCCCGGUUUCCCAAACGCAUCUUAAGGCAUCCAAUGGUUCUAACGAUGAAUUUAGCCGUAAGAUGGUUUUGAGAAACCGUUCCCUGAUUAACACUGGAGAGAGACGUGACUAUCGUGGAUCCUCUGGGGAGCCUCAACAACCUCAUGAUGCUGAGGAGACAGAGAAGAGGAAGAUAACUCACUGCUGCUCUGACUGUGGGAAGAGAUUCACAUCAUCAGGCAUUAAAAUUCAUCAGAGAACACACACAGGAGAGAAACCUUACAGCUGUGCUCAAUGUGGGAAGAGAUUUACUAAAUCUGGAGAUCUGACAGUGCACAAGAGAAUACACACAGGAGAGAAACCUUAUAGCUGUGAUCAAUGUGGGAAGAGAUUUGCUACAUCUGGCAAACUGACUUCACACCAGAGAACACACACAGGAGAGAAACCUUAUAGCUGUGAUCAAUGUGGGAAGAGAUUUACUUCAUCUGGAGAUCUGACAGUGCACAAGAGAUUACACACAGGAGAGAAACCUUAUAGCUGUGAUCAAUGUGGGAAGAGUUUUGUUCAAACUUGCCAUCUGACUCUACACCAGAGAACACACACAGGAGAGAAACCUUAUAGCUGUGAUCAAUGCGGGAAGAGUUUUACUUCAUCUGGCAAUCUGACAGUGCACAAGAGAAUACACACGGGAGAGAAACCUUAUAGCUGUGAUCAAUGUGGGAAGAGAUUUGCUACAUCUAGGAGCCUGACUCUACACCAGAGAACACACACAGGAGAGAAACCUUUUAGCUGUGCUCAAUGUGGGAAGAGUUUUACUGCAUCUAGCUCUCUGACUUCACACCAGAGAACACACACAGGAGAGAAACCUUAUAGCUGUGCUCAAUGUGGGAAGAGAUUUACUAAAUCUGGCAAACUGACUCUACACCAGAGAACACACACAGGAGAGAAACCUUUUAGCUGUGAUCAAUGUGGGAAGAGAUUUACUUCAUCUGGAGACCUGACAGUGCAUAAGAGAAUACACACAGGAGAGAAACCUUAUAGCUGUGAUCAUUGUGGGAAGAGUUUUGUUCAAACUUGCCAUCUGACUCUACACCAGAGAACACAUACAGGAGAGAAACCUUAUAGCUGUGAUCAAUGCGGGAAGAGUUUUACUUCAUCUGGCAGUCUGACUCUACACCAGAGAACACACACAGGAGAGAAACCUUAUAGCUGUGAUCAAUGUGGGAAGAGAUUUACUUCAUCUGGAGAUCUGACAGUGCACAAGAGAAUACACACGGGAGAGAAACCUUAUAGCUGUGAUCAAUGUGGGAAGAGAUUUGCUACAUCUGUCAAACUGACUCUACACCAGAGAACACACACAGGAGAGAAACCUUAUAGCUGUGAUCAAUGUGGGAAGAGAUUUACUUCAUCUGGAGAUCUGACAGUGCACAAGAUAAUACACACGGGAGAGAAACCUUAUAACUGUGAUCAGUGUGGGAAGAGAUUUACUAAAUCUGGCAAACUGACUCUACACCAGAGAACACACACAGAAGAGAAACCUUUUAGCUGUGAUCAAUGCGGGAAGAGUUUUACUUCAUCUGGCAGUCUGACUCUACACCAGAGAACACACACAGGAGAGAAACCUUUUAGCUGUGCUCAAUGUGGGAAGAGUUUUACUACAUCUAGCCAGCUGACUUUGCACCAGAGAACACACACAGGACAGAAUCCUUAUAGCUGUACUCAAUGUGGGAAGAGUUUUACUCAGUCAAACAGCCUGGUAUCACAUCAGAGAACACACACAGGAGAGAAAUCUCAUAGCUGUGAUCAAUGUGACAAGAGAUACUCUGAUAAAAGAUCUCUGAUUAAACAUCAGAAA